UGAACGAUCAGAGGGGAACAAAACAACAACAACAACAACAACAACAACAACAACAACUCUUGUUCCCUCACUGAUACACCUCUCCAGCACAUCUCCCAGCCUGCGCUUCAACGAAUCAUAUCCUGUUGUUCAUUGCGUAUCCACAUCCGUGCGCGCAAAUAGCACGAGGGAUCGCCAACAUUCUACACCCAUUCUUUAUCUCGUCUAGCGACCCAACACAUCUUUUGAAAUACUUGCUCCAUCUACCCGCCUGGCGUGCGUUUGAACCACUGUCGAGUUUGGAGGUCCUUUCCCGAAUUGCGGUCAAGUAGGGGAAAAAAAGGAAUAUCGGGCCCCAGUACAUUAUCGGAGAGGAGACUGCUGGUUGUCAACUUGUCUUCUGUCCAAGAGAUUUCUGUCCAAGAGAUUUAGAUUUAAGAUGGCGCCUAAACCGUUGAAUAGAAAGCUUGUGGUGUUGGGAGAUGGUGCUUGUGGAAAGACAUCACUAUUGACGGUAUUCACCAAAGGAUAUUUUCCAACCACAUAUGAACCUACGGUGUUUGAGAAUUAUGUGGAGAUGAUCCAGGUGGACGAUCAGGUGGUAGAGCUCAGCCUGUGGGAUACGGCCGGCCAGGAAGACUUUGACCGGUUACGUUCGCUUUCAUAUGCCGAUACACAUGUGGUCAUGAUUUGUUUCUCUGUCGAUUCGCCAGUGUCAUUAGAAAAUACGGAAUCAAAGUGGAUUCACGAAGUCAAUCAAUUUUGUCCAGGAGUCAAGGUAAUCCUUAUCGCGCUCAAGUGCGAUCUCCGGGAGGACCCUGGGGUGAAAGAAAGGCUUGGCCGACGUUCGUUGCAUCCUGUGACAUAUGACGAGGGGCUCGCAACCGCCCGAGCUAUCCGUGCGAGCCGGUAUCUAGAGUGCUCGGCCAAGCAUAAUCGGGGGGUGCAGGAGGCAGUUUACGAGGCAGCGCGGGUGGCGGUCGGGAGCCGGGCAAGGGGAGGCGGUUCUGGGGGACGGAGGGGCGACGGCUGGAAGGAGAAGUGUAUCAUCUUGUAGUUCUGCUAGUAAAUAACGGGCUUUUUUAAUAUAGCGGUGUAUAAUGUUUGUGUGCGGUGCGUGCCGACUGUGCCGAGUGCCGAGCACUGCGGGGUGCGGUUUGGUAAUUGAAUUAUGCAUGGCGAGCCAUU